AAUCGGAACGCACCCCUUCAUGGAACAUACGAAAACAAUAAUGGCGUAUUCUGUGAAUAUUUCUGUAGAGGCGCCUAUUGAGAACCAGAUACAGGAAAUUAGUUACGAUGGCCAAGAAAUUUAUCAAGCACCCCUUACAUUAUCGGAGAAUUUGGCGAAAAUUGCUCAAAAGAUUGACUUCAAUAAAACAAAUGGUGAGGAGAUAAAGAAGGAGCAAAUAGAAGGUGAAAAAGGUGAUGAGGAUACAAAAGAUUCUACUUCAUUUCAAUCCUCUUUAUGGCCUUGGGAUAGUGUCAGAAAUAAAUUAAGGAAUGCCUUGACGGAAGUUUGUGUAUUAGCUGAUGUACUCGCAAUAGCAAAAGAGAAAAAUUAUAUGGUAUUAGAUCCAGUGCCUCAGGAACCAGUUGAAGUAAAGCCUAUGAUACAAGUAUAUGCUAGAAAAAAGGCAUUGGCAGGAGCAGCAUCAGUUCUCAUGCUGGGUGCGAGACUGCGAAAUUGUCAAACUGAAUUAGCUAGAACGAAAUCCACUCCUGACUUUCAUAUUGAAUUAUUAAGAUUACGGCAAAAUUGGCGUUUGAAGAAAGUAUCCAAUUCUAUCAUUGGUGAUCUUAGUUAUCGAACUGCUGGCUCGAAAUAUACACAAAUGGGUAUGUUUGAAGUUACGAAAGCUGAAGAAGAAGAAAAAAGUAAUAACAGUCCGCCGGCAUCCCCUAAUGCUGGUAAUAAUAUGUCAGGGCAAUCUCAUAUUUCUUCAAAUUCAAAAAUGUCUGCCUUACGCGUAACCAUACCUAGCGAAUUGCAAGGUGUUGCCUAUAUUGAAGUAUUAUGUCAGAAAGAUCAAGAAGAUUUAUGCAAUGCGAAUAUAAGUUUGCUUAAUAGCAAUACUAAUAAUUCAAAUGCCGAUAUGCAUUGGCAGCAGAAGUUAGAAGCUGCACAAAAUGUUUUAUUUUGCAAAGAACUAUUUAGUCAAUUGGCACGAGAAGCUGUGCAUUUACGCGCGCCUAUACCUCAUAUGGUUGUUGGAAAUCAGAUAAUGGCCACAGUACUUCCUGGAAUUCAAUUAAUAAUUGGUCUAUGCCACAGCACAGGCAACGAUAAGAAACCUAUUGCUCCACCGCCGCAUAAAACGGAUCACGAUCAUGUGUUGGAACAUUCUUUACAUCAACUGUUGCGUGAAGUGCAUUAUAAGAAUAGUCAACAUCCAUUUCCUCAUCCUGCCUCAGGUCCACUUGGGCCUAGUAAGCGCAGAUACUUAGCCGGCCCAACCGCUGCUGAUAAAUACGAGCUUCUUGAAAUGACGAAAAGUCAAACGUUACUAGAACAGAUUAUUCAACAGGCACAACAUUUUUUCAUGCGUUUGCGCACGGAAUAUGUAUUAGACACGAUAGCGAAAGAAGUGAAAGAUCCUCUUAUUGUUUCACAUUGGAACGCAUUAAAUUCACCGACACAAUCCUGUGUAAAAAUUAAUAUUUUGACGCAUGGAUACGACAGCGUAUGUCGGACGACAAUGAUCGUUCACGUUGGUGAAAAAUCAUUGAAGUGCGUGUGUCGCGAUGGUAGAGUUAUGCAUAUGAGUUAUGAGCCCCAGGAGUUGAGAGAUCUAAUUUUUUGUCAGAUUUAUCAACAUCAGAUAAAUGCAGUGCAAGCUCUGGCCAAAUGCAUGGGCUGGCAAUUUUUAGCAAAUAGCUCACAUCUUGGUCUAGGUUCAGUGGAACCUCUCGGAAAUGCUAGUAGUUGUAUUCUAGCUUCGCCAAUCGGUGACAGAAUGAUAGCUGUACGAUGUGAACCACAAAUGGGUGUGCAAGUUGCUAUUGCUCAUUCUCCUCGAAAAGAUUUCUUUCCUGGUCAACUUGUUCGAGAAAGAAAAUGGGAGAAUCUAGGAGGUUCCUUUAAAGAAGUCAGAUGGGAUAAGAUGGAAGGGAAAAAUUUCCUUAAUAAAAUGGAAUUACUAAUGUCUUCUUUAAUGAGCUCUUAAGUUGCAAAAAUUACAGUGAAACUUCUAUAUA